UCCUUAUUAGCUCACCUGCUCGGAUGGAAGUUCUAUGAUGCAGACGACUAUCAUUCUCCAGAGAAUAAAAAGAAGAUGGCAGAAGGGAUACCACUAAAUGAUGAGGACAGGAUUCCCUGGCUUUGUGCAUUGCAUGAUAUAUUAAGGAGAGAAGACUUAUCUAGACAACAUGCAAUUCUGGCCUGUUCUGCACUGAAGAAGAUGUAUAGGCGUUUAUUAGUUACUGGAGCAUCUGCAGUUGAAAGCAACCAGCCAGAACAACCAGGAGAAAAUGCAGCAAUGAAGAUCCUCUUUGUUCAUUUGGAUGGGCCUAUAGACAUCAUUGCUGGCCGCCUGGAGAAGAGGAGGGGACAUUUUAUGCCACCUGAACUUCUCAAGUCUCAGUUUGAUACUCUGGAGCCUCCUAGCGCACCAGAAAACUUUAUUACUGUCAAUCUAGAAAAAUCUCUCCCUGAAAUAGUGCUGGAGAUUGAGCAUGCCAUUUUUCGGAGUGAGGCUUUUCUGGAGUAA